CUAAAUAAAAAAAAACAAAAAAAGAACAAAGAUGGCCGUUGGAAGCGCGUCAUAAAUACGCACUGACGUUGUUUAUAUUUUGUGCAAAUAAAUCUAAUUUAAUAAUUAUAAUAUUGUGAUUUGGCGUAAGUGUGGAUUAUAAUGUAAAGUGGUUGUUUUGUGCACUAAGAGUUGGAAUAAUAUAAUGUAUUAAAAUCUACAUACGGGACGAUGUCAAACAACACUGUCGGCUCAUCCGGGCCAGCUCCCGGCAAAAUACGUGGACCUGGAAGACCUCCAAAACGUACAUGCACUUGGUGUGCUGAAAGUAAAACACCAUUAAAAUAUGUCCUGCCGACCGAAAACGGAAAAAAAGAAUUUUGUUCAGAAACGUGUUUGUCUGAAUUUAGACAGGCAUACAGCAAAGGCGCCUGUCUUCAUUGUGAUAAUGUUAUUCGUGGUAAUGCACCUUCAAGUAGCAAGAAUUUUUGUUCUACAUAUUGUUUAAACAAGUAUCAAAAGAAAAACGAGAAACGUACUUCAUCACCACAAUCGGGUAAUGGGGCUAAUGGAACAGAAAAUCAUGCGAAUAAUAAUUCUACAGGUUCUUUUUAUGACAUUUAUCAGGCGUUUGAUUGGAAUGAAUACAUGAAAGAUACUAAUAGUGUAGCAGCCUCUCAAGAAUGUUUUAAACAGGCUCCAAUGCCCCCUGUAAACGACUUCAAAGUUGGAAUGAAAUUAGAAGCACUAGACCCACGUAAUUUGACAUCAACAUGUAUUGCGACCGUUGUUGGAGUGUUAGGCCCUCGAUUGAGGCUGAGGCUUGAUGGCAGUGACAAUAAGAAUGAUUUUUGGCGUCUUGUUGAUGCAGGUGACAUUCACCCCAUUGGUCACUGUGAAAGAAAUGAUGGCAUGUUGCAGCCACCAUUAGGGUUUCGGAUGAAUGCUAGCAGUUGGCCCAUGUUUUUACUCAAAACUUUAAAUGGUGCUGAAAUGGCUCCAGCUAAAGUUUUUCAACCUGAGCCUCCAACACCUAAGUCAAAUGUGUUUGUUGUUGGACAAAAAUUAGAGGCAGUAGAUAAGAAAAAUCCACAACUCAUUUGUUGUGCCACGGUUGGGGCAGUGAAAAAUGAUCAGAUACAUGUAACAUUUGAUGGGUGGAGAGGUGCAUUUGAUUACUGGUGCAGGUAUGAUUCAAGAGACAUAUUUCCAGUUGGUUGGUGUGCUAGGGCUGGACAUCCUUUACAACCUCCUGGACAGAAAAGUGCUACCACUCCAUCAAGAUUUAAGCUAAGGCCUAGUGGUAUGCCUAAUCCAGCUUUACCAGAAGGUGGAUCUACAGGAGCUGGGAACUCGAACACUUCUGUAACACCAACACCAGUAGCCACAGUGUGCCUCCGUAUCCGCAGCAGUUGUACCGGUGGUAGCAGCUCUUUACCAACAUCUGUAUUAGGGACUGGCCCAUCAGGAGCUGCUGAAGCUUUGGUCAAAGAAUUGCUCAGUGUCCAUCCUGACCCUCAAAGGUUGACGCGGGCAAUACUAACAGCAUCUAGUAGUUAUUCUAAUAUAACAAAUGUACAGGUUUCAUCAGGAAAUAAAAACUAUUCAGUGAAAGUCCCGACAGAGCUCACAUUAGAUGAACUUAAGAAUUGGUUGAAAGCUGUUACUAGUGGAGUUGGUAGCUGUAUUGGAAUGAUAGAGAUAGACACUGGUGAGGCUGCUGGUCGGCCUUGCACUCUUUGUGGAGAAUCUACAUCUAAUAAUAAUGUCACAUCUGGUGUAAAGAGGCCUAAUAAUGAGGAGAGUCCAGCAAACAGUGUGAAUGGGUCGGGUGAGUGCUCGAGUGGCAAGUUGGCACGCGUGUCUCCAGAGCGACCCGAGCCAGCUUCCUCUACGACAGGGGCGCCACCUCCGCCCUCGCCUGCCGCGCCGCCCGCGGACUGGUCCGUCGAAGACGUCAUCGGGUUUAUCGCAGCCGCCGACCCUGCCCUUGCCGCUCAUGCCGACUUAUUUAGGAAACACGAAAUAGAUGGAAAAGCCCUACUGUUGCUAAACUCGGAUAUGAUGAUGAAAUAUAUGGGUUUAAAGUUAGGUCCUGCAUUAAAAAUUUGCAAUCUUGUAUCCAAAAUAAAAAAUCGCCGGCAUUAUAGUACCUAAGUGUGUACUCUAUUGUGUACUAGGUAUUCAAUAUUAUAACAAUAAUUCACUCCUAGAGUUAGAAACUAUAAGUUUCUUAGUUUUUUUUUAUUAAUAAGCUUUUUUUGAAGUAUAACAAGACAAGUAAUAAUCUUUGACUUUUCAAUACUGGAAUCUGCUUUAUUUUUUUGAAUCUCACCAACAAUACAUAAAGUUGUUUUUAAACCUUAUGAUUCAUGAAGUUUCAAUUUAUGUUUUUGUUUUUAUUUGUUUUCUUAAUCAAAGUUAUGAUCGAAAGCAAUCUGUAAGUACCUUUAUAUGUGUAAUUCUAACGAUAUUUCGAAUCUAUAAUCCAUUUCUGACGCCCACCGGACAUAUGCUAACGUCCGGUUGUAAUCUUAAACUGGUAAUAUUCGUAAAACAUUAGCGUAUGGAAAGGAUAUGCCUACCUCCACAUAAUAUUUAAAGCAUACAUAUAGAUACACAUUCAGAAAUUUAACUUAAUAAAUUGUUAAUUAAACCGAUAUUUAGAACUCUGAGUUCCUGUUACAAUUACUUAUUUGUAGCAGAUAAGUUAUAUGUAUAGAUAUGACUGAUCUACAGAUUAAAGAUAAUUACGACAAUCAGAAAAUUAUAAUUAUAUUAUUGACAAAGAAUAUGGUCAAUCGUCAAAAUGUUAUAUAUUGAAGAUUUUAUCUGCAAAUUAAGGUUUUGAGAUGAGACUUCAGAGCAAAAUUCAGUAUUAAGCGUGAAUAAGUACCUUAUAAUAACCAUAAAUUGAUGAGUAUUUAUUAAAAUAAAAGUAGAAACAUUUCAUAUUUAUCAAAAAAAAUAUGGCAAUAAAAUAUUAAUUUCUACAUUAAUAUUACAUAUUCCAACUGAAGAAUUUGCUCUGAAAUGCCAUUUCAAUUAAUCACAAGACUUCUGUAUUGCGUGCGGAUUAAAAAUGCUUCUUAGCCACUCUAACGUCCGGCCCGCGCGACCGUUUAUCUCUCUAACGUGCGACUCGCAAGUUCGUCGUAACAAAAAACCUAUAUAGCUACUGAACCGUAACGCCUAGAAUAAAGAAAAGAAUACCAAAAAAAAGAUAGAAAAAUACUCUACAAUCUUAAGGAUUUUUUUAAAUCUUUAGUUAAUCUUUAAAAUACAAUAAAACGGGUUAAACAUGAAACACAGAAAAAAAAACAGAAUUAUUUCUACCUUUUUAGAAUAUACGGCACAACUAUUGCAUAUUUUAUCAAUAAAAUAUUUUUACAACAAACUAGACUCAUUACCCUUUCUUUUGAUGUAUAUAUGAUUAUAUUCGGUUAACUCUAAAUAUUGUAAUUAAAUCGAAAGAAAACACUACUCGUAAUUUUACACAUCAAAAAACCUGAGGAACACAUUGACAUUAUUAUGGAAUCUUCAAUGAAUUUAGUAUAUUUCUCUUUGAAAAAUGUAUUAUUUUGCUUAUUACGAAAUGUAUUUCGAUAUUUUAUAUACUAUUGUAAUGCAAAGUAUGUAAAAUAUGUAUAAACAAAACUAAAAGUGGCUAACACCAUACGACCGGCCAUUUUUUUCGAAACAAUCGUUUGAAGUUAAAAUUAGACUAGAUUUAUCAGCUAAAACUGUGAUAUUUAUACAUCAUCGUAAAGCACAAAUCUUCUAGUUUAUUUUGAUGUAUAACACUUCCAAGAUAAAUUAAACAAAACUGUAGUAUUUACGACAUAAUUGUUGGAACUCACAAAAACACUUCAAAAACGAGUCAACUAACUUUAAAAAUUUAUAUUUUGUUUGUCAAAGCAUAUUACAACGCCAUGUCUUAUUUUUUCGUCGAACAAUUUAUUCAGCUGUAUAGAUAAUCAGUCAAAACUCACCAAACAAGACCGUAUUUUAAACUAGAGGGAGUUAAACAGAACUAGUCGCUUUGGAAACUAUAGUAUCCAUGGACGUAUGACGCUCCUUUUUUUUUGGAUACCGUGCUAUCCAUGGACGUUAGAGUGGUUAGAGAGCUUUUUUUUAGUUAUAUUUUAUGAAUAUGAAUUCGAUACCUAACUAACUAAUAAGUAAAUACCUAGAUAUGAAUGCAGUAUUUUUUCUACCAAUAACAUAUCUUGAAUGAAUCUAGCGAAAGUGGGGACAACACUCCUUACACAUUUCCUGGACUCCAAUAUAACGAAUAUACCCGUAUUCAAUACAGAAGUACUUAUAAUAAGUAGUAGAAAUUUGAAGAGUUGUUGAAAAUAUAGUAUAAAUAUAAAAUAUCUGUUAUUCUCCAGAAUUUCUCUUAUAACUAACUAACUAACUUAAAUUCACGAAAAUGUCUCUCAUGGCAAUUAUACAGUUCAGUCUCUCAGUCUCUUGCAGGGCACCUCUUGUCGUAUUAUAACUAUUGUAGUAGAAUUGGAGGUAGAAAAUAACCUCUAUGCGCUGGUAUUUUUCUAUCUUCCAUAUUUUAAGUAUUAUGAGACCAUUUUCUCAUGUUGCGAGGGUAGACUGUUAAUAUUUUUGUCGCAUAAUUGUGUUACAGGGAUGGGAGGAUUGUCUGAACGUUAUCAAAAUUUGCAAUAAUAAAAUCCUUAAGUUAUUUAGUAGCUUGUUUUUAAUAAGACCAUUGUUAAUAAUAUAAUACUAAGGUAUCAACUAUAAACCACAGUCUCCACUCUUGACAUUUCUCCAAGUGAGUUUUCUUUGUAAUAUUAGUUUAGUCAUGUAAAUAACUAUAUCAAUGAGUAAAAUUGCAUUUAAUGUAGUAAGAGCUCAUCCAGCAUCUUGCGUAUUAUUCCAUAAAUUCAUAUAUCAGGCUGUACUAUUUAGGUUUUAAUUUAAUUGUACAUAAAUAUUGGCUAGUCAUGCGAUCAACAUGUUGCCUAAACGCUAUAAGUACAUAAAUUAGUAUGGAACUCAAAUUCGAAACCAUGUACAGAAAUUUUAUUGUAGAUUAGGGUCUUAGUGCCUUUCAGUAAAUAACUAGGUGUACUUAAAUUGUCCCAAUAAUUAUGUCCUCAUUUAGGUAAAUUAGCGCUCUAUGACACCAACAGAAGCUGUGAUUUUAUAAGGCGAAUUGACUACACAAUGUCCAUAAAAUCGUCUUUCACUAUAUUUGUCAAUAUUUUUCAUCAACCUUUUUAAUCAACCUGUAUGAACAUGUUUAUUGAACAUUCUUUUCAAUUGUACUUUUAUUGUUUGUUCCUUAAAAGAUUAUUAAUAUAAAAAAUAACUGUAAUUGUAACAUUGAAGACAUAUUUUAUUUAUAAAGCUAUGAUCGUAUUUAAUUUACGCAUUUUCAUGCAUUAUUGUGUUGAAACAUUUCAUCAUGUGAUAUUUCAAUGUUAUCUGUUAAAAAAAUAAUAUUAAAAGAUUGAUAUGUUGCUAUGAUAAUUACGUGAUGUAUAUUUAAGUUUUCACAUGACAUGAAGUAAAUAAGUGAAGUAGUUAUAUAAUUUUCCUAUUUUGUUGAUGUAAAUAUUUUGGUAUAGAUAAUUUUAUUUUAAGAGGGAGUGAUCCAUUGGCUUUGGUCUAUUACAUACUAUUGAAAAACAAAUCUUAAUUAUUUCACUUUAAUUUAUAGAACAUUAGAUAUCGUUAUCCUUGUAAGUAGAGUUGUUUAUAGAUUAAUUUAUCUAGUUGCGAUUACCUAUUUAAUAUUGUUUCGUCGCGUAACUUUAUUUGCUCAACAGCAAAGUAUGUAUCUCGGUUCGAAUCCUAUUAAAAAUCAUAAGGCUUUAUAUUCGAUUGAAGUUUUAAAUAAUCUAAAAUAAUAUAUGAUACGUCUAUUUCAAACUGUUUCACAUAGUUCCGACAAAUGUUGCGAGUAGAGCACGUAUUUUUAGAUCUUUCGCUUUAAAUUGUCAAGAUAUUUAAGCUUUUUAAGUACAUAAUAUAUCGAAACUGAAUAAGUUAUGUCGAUACAGUGAAUACUUAUAUCCAAUUCCUUAUUUUUUUUUAUCAAUACAUACAUGAAGAAGGAGAGGGCAUUGGAAAAAAUAAACAGUUAGCAAUGCUGUGCAUCAUAAUAAUGUUCUGUUAGGCUGAUUUUAGUCUCACGCGUCUCACGCCGCUUGCACGCGCACCUACAGCCAUUGCUAAUGGCGGAGAUCCUCUGCUAUAUCUCGAACUCAGAACAUGUAAUAACAAGAGAUGGAUCUUAGAACACCAGUUUCAGAUGGUAUCCUAAAUAAUUUAAGUCAACCUCACAAAAAAAAAACAAAGCUACAAAGCUAAACAAACUUUAUAACCCUAUAAUACACAUAUAAAAGAAAGACCAUUUUUGUUUACAACUGAGUUAGUUUUGUUGAUUCAUGUUGUUAUAUGUAUUGAUAUGUUUUUGGACGUUGGCUACGCGUACAGCCGAUUAGAAAUUCCUUACAAAAAUUAAUUUGUUCAAAGUUUCCCAAGACUGAUCUUCCCAUCAGCGCUCGCUGACAGUGCGCGUGCCGUCGCUCGGCGUGGAGUCCCACGCCAAAGCAGCCUUAGAACACAUAGUAUCAACUUUUUGACCGCCACAGCCAAGUUAGAAACGACAAACAAGAAUGUGUCUAGUAUGCCAUGUAUCUUAUGGUAACAAAAGCUCAUAAUUUCGUACCUACUCUUUAUUUCUUUGACAUGGCAGUCAAAAAGUAAAAACAAGAAAAAAUAUUUGUCGCAAACAAUUACAUAAGUAAUAUAUUAUUUUAAUUUAAUUGCCCUAGAAAUUUAAUAUUGUGUAAAUAGGUGAAUAUUUGAACAGUUGUGUAUAAAUUAAAUAAAAUCGCAAAAGUGAAA